GGAUAAAACAGGUCUUUAAGAUUUCUCCUGUGUGCACCACUCCCUCUCCUGUCUGCUGUUUGUACUUACUGAAAUGAGGAAACAAUGCAAAUAGGAGGUAACUCAUGCAGGGUGUCAGCUGUAUAAAACCAGGGAUCAGCAGCCGCAGAGACUGUCAGGACUCUCCAACCAUGGGCCUGAGAAGACUACUACUGAGUGUCACCAUCUUGCUGUGCCUCGUCGCUGAGGGCAGCGCAGAUCUAAAAUAUGUCCUGAGCACACCUGCCUCACUACACAGUGAAGAAACUGAAAGGCUCUGUGUCCACCUUUGGAAUUCCAAUGAGCACCUAGAUGUCAAUGUAGUACUGCAAUACAAUGGAAAGAAUACCACCAUCUUUGCAGAGAAUGUUGUUGCUCCUAAAUACUUCAAGUGUAACAGUUACCAGGUUCCAGCUGUCUCCAUUUCCGACCCUGCGACAAUCCUCUUUUCUGCAACUGGGAAUGUCGCUAAAGUGUUGGAUCGGAAGAAUGUGGUGCUUAUGCCCACUAGUUCAAAUACCUGUAUGUUUCAGAUGGACAAAACGAUUUACAAACCUGGCCAGAAAGUAAGGUUCCGUGUGGUCUGUCUAAACCAGCAGCUAAAGGCAGUAAAUGAGAAGUUCCCAGUUAUGUACCUGCAGGAUCCUUCAAGAACUAAAAUAGUCCAGUGGUCGCAACAAGAAUCUGACCAUGGGGUGGUCAACUUGGAAUUCCAGCUGAUCAGUGACGCUACUCCUGGGUCUUACAUGAUUUCAGCGGAAAGAGAAAAGGGUUCUCCGGUCACGGAGUGGUUUACCGUGCAAGAAUAUGUGGCGCCCAGAUUUGAAAUAAAAGUGGAUGCUCCUAACAGUUUAUCGGUGACAACAGAGGAGCUGAAAUUCAAUGUUUCCGCUAUAUACACGUACGGUGAGCCUGUGGCUGGUUCCGCUGUGGUUCAGUAUUGCAAGCAGCCAGAAUUUUACGGCAGACGACAAAAUUGCUUCAAAAACAAAGGCCCCAGCUGUUCUAACAUGACCGGAGAGCUUGGUCCGGAUGGCAGUUACAGUGGUGUUAUUGACAUGAUGUCGCCCACCAUGAGGUCCAUGGGAAGAUCAACAUCUUUGACUUUGGACAUCACAUUGGUUGAAGCAGGAACUGACAUUCAAAUGACCGAAACGCGUUACAUCUAUAUCACCAGCCAGCCAGCGUCACUUCGGCUUGACUAUGACUCAGCGAACCAAUAUUUUAAGCGUGGAUUGGAUUACCCUGUUGUGGCACAUUUAAAGGAUGAGAAUGACCAACCUAUGCCUGACGAAGACAUUGACUUGGAUCUCGAGGGGCAGGAUACUCAGACUUUGAAAACGGACCAUGAUGGGCGAGUGGAGUUCCAGAUAGACACAUCCAAUAUGAUACAGCAAAACUUUACUUUCAAGGUCAGCUACAAGAAUCAAGAUCAGUGUUAUUAUUCUGAAUGGCGAGAUGCAGAAUAUCCCACUGCCGAAUACACCGUUUACAGCUUUUACUCACAAUCUGGGAGCUUCCUGCAGCUGAAACGCCCUAAAGGAGAACUGCGUUGUGGACAAACCCACAAAAUUGACUUGCAGUAUACUAUAGCCCCAUCAGGAGUUGGUGAUGGAGCAACAAAGGCCACUAUCUACUAUAUGACAUUAUCAAACUCAAAGAUUGUGAGUAAUGGUCAGAAGGAUGUUGACUUGACAAACUCUAGGAAUGGGUCCCUGUCCUUGGAUGUCCCUGUGUCCACUGAUCUUGCCCCCAGUGCGGAUCUGGUUGUAUAUGCCAUCCUGGAGAAAGAAUUAAUUGCUGACACUAUCAAGCUCGAUAUUGAGAAAACCUUUAAAAAUGUGGUUUCUAUGACUUUCUCAGCAGAAAAGGGGGUUCCAGGCUCCAAUGUUGAAGUAAAAGUUUCUGCAGAUCCGAAUUCCAUCUGUGGACUUAGAGUGAUUGAUUACAGCCUCCUGCUCCUCAACUCCUAUGAGAGGUUCUCGGCUGACACAGUCUACAACUCCCUGAGGUACUGGAGCUCCGGUUACAACAUUGGUGGCUAUAAUGUAGAGGACCCAGCACCUCCGUGUGAGGAUGGAAGAAAACUUCACCUCUUUGAUGGAGGAUUCUAUAACCUUGUAAGCAGCAGCACUGAAGGCGACAGCUAUAAUCUGCUUAAGGGACUUGGGCUUCAUGUUGCAACACCUCUCAGAAUGAGAAAACCAGAGGUCUGUAAGGAUGAGACCCAAGAGAUCAGCCCACGUCCAAUAAAAGUACUUGCUAAAGAAAGUGUUCUGGCAGACAGUAGUCUUUCUGUAGGAUACAGCGCUCGUGGUGGUUCUGCUCCAGUUGAAACGGUCCGAACAAACUUUGCUGAGGCUUUCAUGUGGCUUAUGCUAAAUCUUAACACUGAGGGUCGUGGUUCCGUAUCGGAGAAGGUGCCAGACACAAUCACAAAGUGGCAAGGAUCUGCGUUCUGUUUGUCCGAUGAGGGUGGUUUUGGCAUGACCAAAUAUCCAGCUAACUAUACUACGUUCCUGCCCUUCUUCGUGGAGCUAUCUCUGCCAUAUUCCUUCAUCAGAGGAGAAACCUUGGUUCUUCCUGUUAUUGUGCGCAACUACAUGGAUCAAUGCGUCAAGGUCCAAGUGACCAUGGAAAAGUCCAGCGCAUUUACUGCGGAACUGAAGGGCGGAGAGCAGGGUGCCUGUAUUUGCUCUAAUGAAAGAGCCACGUAUACCUGGGAAGUUCAAGCGAACAACAUUGGUGAGAUCAAUUUCACAGUGUCUGCUCAGACAACCCACAUCGGUCAGACUUGCGAUGGCCCUAAUGACUCCUCCCAGUCGCCACGCAAGGACACUGUUGUGCAGAGCAUUCUUGUGGAGCCUGAAGGUAUCCGGAGAGAGCUGACUCUGAGCAAUCUAGUGCUGGCGCAAAGCAAAAACCAUCGGAUACCCGUCAGUAUAAGUCUACCAGAGAACGUGGUGCCCGACUCACCGUCUGCUGCUGUUACUGCUAGUGGCGAUAUGUUUGCUCUCUCAUUACAAAACCUCCAGGAUAUGGUCCAAAAGCCUCAUGGAUGUGCAGAACAGAAUCUUGCCCUGGUGGCCCCCAUUCCGGCUGUGCUGGAUUACCUCAACACCACAAACCAGCUAACGGAUAAGAUACUGGAGAAGGCAAAGGGUUACAUGUCUGAGGGGUAUUAUCGUCUGCUUUCCUUUUCCAAUGGUCCCUCCUUUAAUCUAUUCAGGAAUAUGGGAAGAGAAGGGAAUACAUGGCUGACUGCUUUUGCGUUGAGGGUGCUUAAUCUAAUUAAAAAAUACGUUUACAUUGAUGAGACAAAACCACCGCAAAUGCUCAUCUGGUUGGGGAACACUCAACGUCUUGACAAUGGCUGCUUUAAAGCCCGUGGGAAUGUCUUUGCGAUGGAGGAAUCGGACAAUGAUCUUUAUACCACAGCUUACAUGGCGAUCACCCUCCUGGAAACGGAGUACAGCAUAGGAAAAACACUGUUGGACGGCUGCAUGGAGUGUCUGAAAAACGCAUCCCGGUCUGAGCAGAAGAUCCAUAUAGAUGUCUUGAUGCUCUACGCAUUCACAUUGGCCAAAGAAUGGGAAUACAGUGACCCUCUGCUUGAGAAACUGAUGAAAAAGGCAAUCGUUGAGGGUGGCACUAUACACUGGGAGCGAGAACAAAUGCCCGAGAGACCGCGGGUUCCAUUCUUCUUGCCUCCAUAUGCCUCCACGGAAGUGGAUAUUACAUCUUAUGCGUUACUGAGCAUGGCAGCACGGCCCACUAUUUCCCAAGAAGAACUCACAAAAAUGGCCCAGAUUGGAACGUGGCUGUCCCGCAAUCUGAAUUCACAUGGGGGCUUUGGUUCCUCGCAGUCCACUGUUGUAGGUAUCCAGAGCCUUACUGCACUUGGACAACUGCUGUACACGCCGAAUGCCCAGCAGACGGUGGCAAUCAAAAGGGGCAAUGGGGAUGUUGGCAGUUUUAAUCUAAAUAAAGACAACAGGCUAUUGGUCCAGAGACAGCCCCUUCCUGAUGCUAAAGGAGACUACGGCUUGGAUGUUGUUGGAACGGGAUGGUGCCUUGUACAGACCACAGUUGCCUAUAAUGUUCCAGUACCCACUGAAAAUUCUGCAUUCUUAAUGGAAAUCGAAACCUCUGCGGUUAGCUGUGUCGAAGGAGUGGCAAAAGCAGUCAAAGCCAAUGUCACCUUGAGUUAUCGUGGAUUGCAAAAAGAUUCUGGCAUGGUUAUUGUCCAAAUAAGACCGCUGUCUGGUUACAGUACAGACUUUUCAACAUUGAUUGCGCUUUUGAACCAAAAACUAAUUACCAAAUACGAGGUGAAUCCAAAGGGAGAUGCCGUUUUAUAUAUGACCUCGGUGCCUCGUAGUCCCAUUAACUUACCGUUAAGGUUUUUGAUGGGGCAAAGGGUGAUGAAAGUGAAGAGCAGCUCUGGUACUGUGUACAGUUAUUAUAACGAAGAUGAGAAUGGUUACGCAUCUUUUGAUCACCCUUGUCAAGGACACAAAUAAGGAUCCGUUUUAACAACACUGUAUAUACUGAUCUGAAAGCUGAAGAGAGAUGCCGAACUGUGCAUAGUAUUUUAUCUCCCUGGAAUGAAUGACCUCUAUACAAACGACCUAGAGUACGCGCAGCAUUAUGCAGGAAUGUCUAUGUACAGGAUGUAUACAUGAUGUACUGUAGAAGAACAAAUACUGUAUACUCUGCAGUGGAGGCAAACAAAACAAUGGAAAUAAAGUGACGCCCAUGUUACAAAA